AUGGAUUAUGAAAAUGCAAAAGCAUGUGGUGCGAAUGAAUCACAUGUUGAUUGUUCAUAUUCGUUCAACACUUCUCAGGUGUUUGAGUGCCGAGAGGAUGUUUUGCGGUGGGCUCGAUCCGUGGCUCGUGAAAAUGGAUUUGUGGUGGUGAUUUUAAGGUCGGACACAAACACAGACAACACCUACAAAACAAACCGGUAUAGACUCCCACUACUCAAUUUUGUUGGGGUGACACUGACUGGGAUGACAUUCUCUGCCGAUUUUGCAUAUGUGGAGGGUGAACGCAUUAAUAAUUUGGUCUGGGCUUUACAACGCUUCCGAGGCCUUUUUUUAAAGCAUGAUGCCCUCCCUGGAGUUAUUGUCACUGACAGAGACCAAACAUUGAUGAAUGCAGUGAAGGAUGUAUUCCCUGAAUGCACAAAUUUUUUGUGCAGCUUUCACAUAAAGAACAAUGUGAAGGCCAAAUGUAAAUCACUAAUUGCGCAAAAAGAUGCUUGGGAUUAUGUCAUGGAUUGCUGGGGAUGUUUGACUGAUUGUCCUUCAGAACAGCAGUUUGAUGAAUGCCUGAAGAAGUUUGAAAUGGCUUGCACACCUUGGCCAAUAAGGCUGCUUGGAAUGGUUUCAAGGUAUGCUUUAAAUCAGAUUGCUACUGAAUUAGAGUGUGUUGACUAUGCUGGCAAGAAUCCCUCAAGUUGUGGUUACGUGGUGAGAACCACACUUGGUCUUCCUUGUGCUUACCAAGGGUUAUCUGAGCCCGGGGUGAGCAUCAAGGACGUAAUGGAAAUAAUAUCCAAAAGAUUCAGAGAACUUGAUGUUUGUGGUAAGUUUACUCUAAGGACUAAACAUUGGGAAAUUGCAUACCCUGAUCAGAAUUCGAUGUGUCCUCCUCCAGCAAAGGUUAACACAAAGGGGGCAUCGAAGAAAGCUAUGAGCAGGAACCCAAGGUCAACAAAGCGCGAUCCAUCUUACUGGGAGUAUGUAGAUGCCUUUGAAUCUAUGCAAAAUAGCAAUUCGUCGGUGAGGCGUACUGCAUCAUCCUCUGAGCAACCAAAUUGA